GCUGAUGUUCUAAAAUUAUAUUCAUCAUGGAACACACUCCUGCGCCGUAUGGUCCCAGAGCUGUGUACGGAUACACCAUGUAUAUAGGUUCCAAUAUGCUUUUCUUAUUGUACAUGAUAUGGGCGGUAGUGCCCGACGAGGUGCUGCACAAUUACUUGGGCCUGACGUACUGGCCCUCGAAAUAUUGGGCAGUAGCGAUUCCUAUAUGGGCGUUGACCGCUUUAGCCACAUUUGCGUUUCUCAUUUAUCCAGCUGUCAACAUGAUGAUAACACCAGACCCUGAUGAUAUUCGAACCAUUACCGAUAAAUACGCUCAAGAGAGAAGCGAUACCAUUCCGGGUGGAAUACCAGCUGUAUCGGACAUUCCUAUUACGGAAAAAAUGUUUCAACACAAAUGUGCCGCCAGUUUGUUAGUAUAAUUAUAAAUUGCCAGAAAUAAAAUUCUCAAGGAGAGAUACAUAUUUUA